AUGUCAGCUAUUGCCUUAUAUCUUACCGAGGAGCAGUUAGAUAAGCUUGAGAGACUCCAAAAUUUCAGCAUCAGGUUCAUAUUUGGUUUGCGCAAGUAUGACCACGUUACCGAAUAUCGCAAUAUACUCAAGUGGCUGCCAAUCCGCCUUCGCCGGAAUACUCAUAUCUUGUCCCUACUUUACAGCAUACUGUUCAAUCAGUUUGCCCCUUCUUACCUCAAAGAACGUUUCAAGUUCCUAAAUGACGCACAUUCGAGAUCACUGAGGUCGUCAGCGAAUCUGAGAUUGGAGAUGGCCCAGCAUUCCUCAAAAUUCUACAGCAAGUCAUUCACUGUGCAAGCUGUUAGGUUGUGGAAUGCAUUGCCAGUGUCGAUAAGGCAAGCUCAGUCGUUGGCUGCGUUUAAGGAGCAAGUUAAGAAGCACUACCUCUCUUCUCUAUAA